UAAAGCAGUAGCAAAGAUGGCGAAGUGGAAAGAACUUUCGUUCCUCGUUUUAGGUUUCUUCUGCAUAAACAUCUCAUCAGGUGGCAUGCUCGAUGGAGUUUUAGACGACAUCACUUCUUGUGUGGACGUUUGUUCAAAUACUUAUUCUCCUCAUACAUAUGAAAAGAGUUAUCUUAUGGAUAGCUGCAGAAGAGGAUGUCGAUUUUUCUCCAUAAUGGAACUUAUUUAUGACCAUGAAUGUAGCUUCAAUCUCACUCAGAAAGGCUGUAUAUCAUCAUGCGAAGAAGCCUACAACAAGACGGAGGAAUGUGAUGCAUGCUCGCUGGGCUGUAAGAGCCAGAUACCCCAGGCCAGGAGACAGCAGGAAAUGGCUCAGAAUGAAGACCCCAACAUCCAUGUGCUGUACCCGCUGAUGUAUGUACACAGUCUAUACAGCAAUAUGAUAGACAAGGUGUACAGCGGCAUGUCCAUCAGCUGGUCAUUCUACAUGCAGUCGGACAAUGGGAAGGUGAUAGUGGUGCGUUCCGAGCCCCAGGUCUACGCCGACUUGGAGGGAGAUGAACUAGAUGACGAGUACAACACCGCUAACUAUCUGGAAACCAACAUGCAGCCCCUGGACAGGUCAGCCACACCUAUGCUGCGGAGCUCCCAGAUGCAUCCCCUGCGUAGUGAGCCUGAACUUGACCUGCGUGACCCCGAGUCUCAGCGCUCAGGUGACUGGCUGACAUGUGUGUCACGAAAGACAGGUCUUCCCCGCCUCUUCCUCAGCCUGCUGCUUCUCUCCUGUGCGGUCAUGAUGAUCUGGCUGUGUUUAGCUGCCACAGUCACUGCGCCUGACCACAGGGUCAAGGCCGAAAGUCAAAAAUUGAGUAUCAAUGGAGAUCUGGAGUACUUGAAAGAGCUGGAGGCCAUGGGCAUCAAGCUGAGUUUCCCACAGGACCAGGAGGCAGGGCCUCUCCCCAUUAAACUACAAGUGAAUCGUAUCUAGUGUCACAGGGAGAGGACACAGACCAUCUCAGGUGUCCGUCACAGAAUGGCGACACAAACAAGCGCUGCUAGCAUCAGUGACAAACUGUAAAUAUUUUAGGAUGUUAAGAACAUUCGAUCAUUGAAUCAAUUGUCUUUCAUAUAUGUAUGAUCAGUUAUGGGUUUUUUCUUUGUCAGGUGGUUGGUGUAUACAGCUCAUCUUUAUGUUUUAUUUUCUCAAUAUUCACUGGGAACAACCUGCGACAAUUAACAUGGACCUGUGUAAUGGUGUUAUUUUCAAGAUGCUUUUUAACAGAGUAUACCGUUCUAUUGCAGUCUUUAGAAAUGCUUUUCAUGUUUGAAGGGUAACAAAACUGCAAAAAACGGGAAGAAAGUUAAGUGUUUGUUUUUUCCAUACAGUUUAUUUACUAUUUUUCGGCAAGUAAUACUUGUUUUCAUUUCUAAGACUCUGUCAGAAGUUUGACCAUCUGACCUGAAAAAAAAGUCCUAACAACAGAAAAGAUGUCCAAUAAUAGCACAGCAGUUUCCUUUUCAUAUUAUAACUUCUUUUUGUUUUAGUACCUUAAAGAGCCUUUUGAUAGCAGAAUACAUAUUUUUUAUUUUCUUUUUUUCCGGUUGUAAAAUAAAAAGAACUAUAAGAAUUCCUACAUUUUGUAACAAACAAACAAAAAUGGAGAAAAAAUGAGAAAAGUUGUCCUGAUACACUCCAUAAUGUCACCAAUUUUUCCAAAAUUAGGCGCGAAGGAAUUUCACGAAAUAUCUAGGAAAUGCCUGACAUUAGUUUGUAGAAAAUUAUUCCAUAUGUUAUUUAUUUAUGAAAUGCGUACUCGUUAAAUAGAUAUGUACACAUGUCACACAGACCGAGGGUGAAUCUAUUAAUUUUGUUUCCUUCAUUUUUAAAAUCUCUGAUAGUUAAAAUAUCUUGGUGUAUAAUUGUGUUUUGUUUAUCAUCGUAGAAAUAUAUCAUGUAAUGUGUUUAAAGUUGUUGAUUAUUUGAACUGAGUGCUGAUGUUCUGAAAGAAUAUUUAUGUAUUGUAAAUAUAUUCUUAACAUGUAUCCAAAUGAUGUGAGUAAACUUUUGAGUUUCUCACAAAUGUUGAUUUUUUCUGUUCAACAUUUCGACUGAAGAUUUUUUUUCUAGUAGAAAGGAUAUUUUGUUGCUUAUGCCCAACCUGUUUUGAUGUGAAACUGUGUGUUUAGUGUAUAUACUGAUGGUCAACUGUAUGCUGUAAUGUAACGAUACAUAAAUGAUCUGUAAAGUCAACAUCAAGCUAUACUGAUUCCCCCCUAAGUUAAUACUAAUUCCUAAGUUCCGACAGAGAACCAUCCAAGAAGAUUAUUCAAAAUUCUCUUUACCUAAGUUUAUUAUCUUGUGCCUUACACAACCCUGACCAGAUGAAUGGCACAGUCUGUAUGUAGGACAGGCCGACAAUCAUGACCAUAGGAGUGGUAUAGUCUGUAGAAGAGGCUAUCACCCCUGACCAGAUAAGUGGUACAUUCUGUAGAAGGGGCCAACACCCCUGACCAGAUCAGUGGUACAGUCUGAAGAAGAGGCUAACACCUCUGACCAGAUCAGUGGUACGGUCUGAAGAAGAGGCUAACACCCCUGACCAGAUCAGUGGUACGGUCUGUAGAAGAGGCUAACACCCCUGUCCAGAUCAGUGGUACGGUCUGAAGAAGAGGCUAACACCCCUGACCAGAUCAGUGGUACAGUCUGUAGGACUCUCACCAAAGUUCAGUGGUUAAAGGAUAUUGCCUGACAAGUCUCAGCAAAGAUUUCAUAGACUUGUACUAACAUUAACAGGCCUUUCAGGCUUCACCUCCCGAAAUGUUUCUUUUAAAAGUGAACAAACAUUUCAUUCCACAUGACAAGAUGAAUAGUACAGUCUGUAAGAGGGUCUAGAUGAAAGAUUAAUGGUCUUUAUGAGGGUCUUACAUCAUUAAACAGAUGAAUUGUACAAACUGUAGAAAUGAUGAUUCUUGAAAAUAUCAAUUCUAUUCUUAGGUGUUAUUUCAACGAUUUUGUGGUAAGCUGAAUCUGCAAGCUUGUUAAAACAAGAGCAAACCAGAAACACUGCACAAUUUUGCAAUCUUCUGCGUCAACUUGGAAAUUACACUUCCAAAAAUUGAAGGCAGUAAUUGUAUCAGUAGGUCCGUACUAAACAUAUGAAUCUUUCAUGGUUAGUAGUUCUUUUUAAUCCCUAUCCUUUCGUUAGUAACACCUGGGUGAAUGGUACCAGGAUUCUUUCUCAUCUUGUUUGUCCCCGGUUUUUGUAAGGUUUGGCAGUCACUGACACCUUUUAAAUACAUUAUCAGAAAGUAAUAAGUGUGUCCGAGGGUUCUUUACAUUGAACACGAAACGUUCUUGGGGAAAAUGCCUUGAUCACAACAGAGCAUGUGUGCUUAUAUGAUUCUGCUGCUUCUUUUUUGUUUUAUCCUGCUUUGGGUCUCCAAAAAAUAUUUCCCUUUGUCAGAUUUUGAUAUCACCAAAAUCAGAUAGUUAUCCAUAGGCUGGCUACACUGUUAUCAUUUGUGGCCUUCUGUUCUGACCGAUAAAAAUCAAGUCGUGUCGGAUUGGUUGAUUUGAAGUUUCUGUAAUAUUUGGGAAACUGAGACCAGCUUCUGCAGUAAGGUGGAUGUGUAUAUUUUAUCUAGCAUGGUUAAAACCCUUGGUGUGUCACGCUGGUGUCAAUGUACAUCUAGCCAGCAUGGUUAAAACCCUUGGUGUGUCAAGCUGGUGUUAAUGUACAUCUAGCCAGCAUGGUUAAAACCCUUG